AUGGAGGACCAACCAAGAAAGCGACAAAAUAACCGUUGCUCGUCACUAGUUCRAAUGCUGCAAGAAUUCUGCGGCUACACUAGUUGCGGAGGACUCGGUCGAAUCGUUGGCACUAAGUUCCUAGUAUUCAAAGUAUUAUGGGUAAUGCUAUUUUUAGCAGCUGUUGGUAUGGCAAUAUCUCAGCUUAUUCCGCUGUUCUACAAGUACCGCAGCCGACCUGUCAGCACUAGGCUGUCUUUGCACUACAGUGGGACGCUCGACUUUCCCAGUGUUGUACUUUGUAACUUCAAUAUGAUCCGUGCAUCGGCAAUCGAAAAACUUCCCUACAAUAUAGCUCAAAUACUAGGAAGCUACUUGCCAGAUGAAAACGAAUUCCGCGAAACAAAUGACGAUAUAGAAGCACAUCAUGAUGAUGACGAGAAUGAGAACAAUAGUCGUGAAGAGGAGAGUAAAAACGAGAGGAAAAAUCAAGGCUCCGUGAAUGGACCCACGGAACCUCACACUCUGGACAAGCUGCACUUUUAA